AUGGCAGACCAUCUAGGUCUGAAUGUGUGUCCGACGUGUUCCAAAUCGUACAAACGGCCUGAGCAUCUACGUCGCCACCAACUUUCACACGGCAGCGAACGGCCCUACGUGUGUGUUCUCUGUCAAAGCACCUUCCAGCGCUCCGAUGUGCUCAAGAGACACCUUAAGACUUGCGAUAAUAUAGCUGACGCCUCAUCGGAGUCGCUCGAGCCUCAACCUAAGAGGCUAGCGCUGUCACAAUCCACUCCGCCAGAAGACACGGCUCUCGCCUUGCCAAGUUCGUACCCGCAACGGUCUCAGCUUCGGGCAACCGAAAAUCAGGGACUGAAUCCUGUCGAAAUCUCUGGAGACUCUUUCGAACAUAUAGCUGGAUGGAUCUCCUGUGGCCUGUCGAACCACGGUUUUGACGGUCGAUCCGAUAUCUGGCAGGAUUUCUUGAACUUCAAUUCUGGCACACAAACACCCCGUGCAAUUCCCGACGAGACAGGUGAGGAUAUCGGCUCCUUGGGCUUCCUUGAUACUUUUACCAGUACGACGGGUUUCGUGUCUUCAUUCGACUGCGGAACGAUCGAACAACGUCGACGAGUCAAUGCCUACUUUUCCGAGCCUGCAACCACGUCGGCAGACUCGUCCGGUACAUGUAGGGAUGAUGCAAGUUAUUAUGAAGCUGACGAAGACCAUCCCGUUGGAACGACCCUAAGUCGGUGGCUCUCCGACCCCCUGUCUUUUAAGUGUCACGAAAUAGUCACCUCCAUCAGAAACAUUGUGUUUCACAAGUCCAGAAGGGGUUACAUUACCGUAUCAUGGUCGCCUACCAUUCAUGAAACAUGUGCACAGUUCUUUUCUCCGACAAACAUCCGACGGUUUGUGCAUUUAUACUGGGCGAUCUGGCAUCCGAAUGUGAAUAUUGUACACAAGCCGACGUUCGACCCUACGUCGUCCAAAGCCGAGCUUCUGGCGGCCAUGUCUCUCAUCGGAGCGUGUGUCUCGCCCGACCAGGCCGACGUCGAGAACGCGAAACGGUGGUUCAACUGUGUUGAGGAAAUGGUAUUCGACGAUGAGGAUUUCUGUAGUGAGCCGCCCAAUGCCAUCUCCGAAGACCAGUGCGACCUCUGGUGGCGCCGGCAAAAGGUUCGGGCUCUCCAGGCGUCGUACAUGGUCUGUCUCUUCCAGAACUGGGAGGGUACAAACUCCAGCAAGCGGCGAAUUCGGCGGCAGCGCUUCGGCAUGGUCAUCGCAGCUGCGAGGGACGUGGGUAUCCACAAUGCACGACAUCCGGAUUACGACCACAUGGACCUUUGCGACUUUUCCUUCGACAACUUUGCUGUCAUCGAAGAGCUCAUCCGCGUGUUUUUGUGGGUGUUUCUUCUCGACACAGCGUUCGUCAUCUUCAACAACUUGCCCCCACGGAUGGUCAUCCGGGAAAUGAGGAUGAACGCGGCUUGUUCCGAAGCAUGUUUCCAGGCUAUGACGGCUGAAGAGUGCUUCAGAACUCUGAGGCACCAGGCCGUGCACCAGCACCAAAAUGACUCGCUCGUACGCUCUCCACCGGUGUCAAAUAACUUCACCUCGGCCUUCGAGCUCCUCUACCGUACUGAUCUGGACGACACCCUAAGCGCGGCGCUGGCCGAUCUGGGACCUCUCAACCUCUUCGCCAUGACCUCGGCGUUACACUCUCUGAUUUUCCACCACCAAAGCUCCUUCAGCUGCCAGGGUUCGCUCGAUCCGAUUCACAACGCGCUCCAGUCAUGGAGGAAGCUGUGGCACGUUUACCUGUACCGGUUCGCGCGGGACUCGCACCAUUCGACCGUCAAGUGCGACAUGGAGGUCCUCGCGCCGGACGACAUGUGGAGACGUGUGGGCUUCAUGCGCCACGCAAACGAGUACUGGUACCUCGCCAACCUCAUGGUCCAGCGUCUUUCAAUGCCGCCACUUACGGAUCCUAGCGAGAGCGCCGUGGAGGCGUCCGGACAGGCCCAGAGCCCCUUGAGUGCUUCAGGCAAUGAGUCGGUCGGCCCUCUUCUCGAGAAAUAUGACGAGACUAGCAUGCAACAGGUGAACACGCUGAUCUCGGACUUUCAAAUGUUUCGUAUCCACUAG